AUGGCUACUGGAAAUGGUUUGCUGGAAAACUUGGCAUCAGGAGGUGCUGCUGGUGCUACAUCUCUGAUCUUUGUCUAUCCCCUUGAUUAUGCCCGAACCCGCCUUGCAAAUGAUGCUAAGGCUGCCAACAAGGGUGGUGAAAGGCAGUUCAAUGGUUUGAUUGAUGUCUACAAGAAAACCUCAAAUCUGAUGGCAUUGCUGGUCUUUAUCGUGGGUUUAACAUCUCAUGUGUUGGGAUUAUUCUAUACCGUGGUCUCUACUUUGGAAUUGGAAUUGGCUAAUGCACGAGAGGUUUUCUAUGUAAUGUCUCAAAGGAUACGGUUUGUUGGACCAUUAUUGUUGUGGGUUAUGUCAACGCUGGCUUGUUGA